GUUGAGAUUAGCGCUGGCGCUGGGAGGGAACAAAGGAUAUCAGGAGCAGAACCAAUGAAGAGGAUAGCCUGACUUCCUCAACACCUCUGACAACAUGUCAAAGCGGCCAUCCUAUGCCCCUCCCCCCGCCCCAGCCCCGACCACACAAUUGCCCACCACCCCUGGCUUUGUGGGGUACAACCCAUACAGCCAUCUGGCCUACAACAACUACAGGCUGGGAGGGAACUCCGGCGGAAACAACAGGGUAAUGAAUUCCUCAGGGAUCACCGUCCCCAAGCCGCCCAAACCGCCAGACAAGCCCCUGAUGCCAUACAUGCGGUACAGCCGGAAGGUAAGCAGGAAGGUGUGGGACCAGGUGAAGGCCUCCAAUCCUGAUCUGAAGCUAUGGGAGAUUGGGAAGAUCAUUGGUGGUAUGUGGAGAGACCUUUCUGAUGAGGAGAAGCAGGACUACUUGAACGAGUACGAGGCAGAAAAGAUCGAGUACAAUGACUCCUUGAAGGCCUACCACAACUCCCCCGCGUACUUGGCCUACGUCAAUGCCAAGAACCGGGCCGAGGCGGCGCUGGAGGAGGAGAACCGACAGAGGCAGUCUCGCCUGGACAAAGGGGAGCCCUACAUGAGCAUCCAGCCCGCGGAGGACCCCGAUGACUACGACGAUGGGUUCUCCAUGAAGCACACAGCUGCAGCCCGUUUCCAGAGAAACCACCGCCUCAUCAGUGACAUCCUCAGCGAAAUUGUCGUGCCAGACGUCCGCUCGGUCGUCACGACGGCUCGCAUGCAGGUCCUCAAGCGCCAGGUCCAGUCCCUCAUGGUGCACCAGAGGAAGCUGGAAGCCGAGCUGCUGCAGAUCGAGGACCGACACCAGGACAAAAAGAGAAGGUUCCUGGAGACCACUGAGUCUUUCAACACUGAACUCAAACGGCUGUGCGGUCUGAAGGUGGAGGUGGACAUGGAGAAGCUGGCGGCGGAGAUGGCGGCGGCUGAGGAGGCUGCGCGUCGGCGGGCGGAGGAGCGGGAGAAGGAGGCCGCCGAGCAGGCCGAGAAAGCCGCCGCCGCAGCUGCAGCAGCUGCCGCCACCGCCGCUGCCACUGCCGCCCAGCAGCAACAGCAGCAGGAGCAACAGCAGCAACAGGCCGCCGCCACCGCUGCAGCCUCAGCUGCCUCCACGGCCUCCACGGCCUCGACUCCACAGGGCAACUCCACCCCCGAGCAGAGCCCUGGCAGCAAGGAGGCGGAGGACAAGCCAACACCCAUGGAGACAGAUGAGGCCCCCAGCGAGGCCGCCGAGAGCCAGCCGGCGGAGGCGGCGGCGGAGGAGAAGGCGUCCCCCGCCACUCCUGCUGCUGCCCCGGAGACCCCGACCCCCCCUGAGCCGCCGGCGGGGGAGGGGGCCACACUCGAGGGGACCAAUGACAGCAACGCCUCGUCUGAGAGCAGCAACAGCAGCAGCGUCAGUGGUGGAGGCAGCACCUCAACCCCCACCAACGCCGCCGCUGCAGCCACCGCUGCCGCCACCACUACCACCACCAACAACAACAGCAACAACAGCAACAGCAGCAGCAGCAGCAACAGCAACGACAACACCAACACCGCCACCACCCCCACCCCCAACACCCCCCCUUCUGGACCAGGAGAAGCCAUCCCUCCACCUGAGCCUCCGGCACCUGAGGAGCGGCCGCCUCCACCCCCCCAAUAACACACACACCUCCAAUAACACACACAUACACACACACACCUCCUUCCCUCCCUUUUCACAGCCAGCACGUCCUAACGUCAGACACCCCAAACUCUUUAACAAAUGCCUUUCGGUUGUCUCUUAACUCAAAGGUGCUCCUUCCUGCUUUAGUCCAGUGUGUACACGCACUGGUUUUAUUGAACUUGAUUAACAGGGACUAGUUAACGAAUAUCCAGCCAGAGCGAAAAUGUACUGAAUAUAUUUAAAAUGAAUUUCCAUUCUCUUUCUGUUCAUGACAUUCUUUAGCUUUAUCAGACUUAGUCUCAACUAUUUCACUGGUGGUAGAGCUGUCUUUAAAUACCUACGGACACACCAGCCUUGUUAUGAUCGUGCUGUGCUGUGCUGUGCUCCGAUCUCUACAGAAACAAGGCCCCAAACUGUUACAGGAAAUGACAAAUGUAGAGGUUAGGACCUGUGCCAACUGUCCAGGAAGUGACAUCAGUGUACCUGCUGGUCUUGUGCUCUACAUGACCCUGUUCAGAAGGAGGCUGUGUGCUGUUAUCAGAUGCUGGGCUUUUGCCAGGUGUUAUCUACGCCUUUGUGGCAUAGUCUGUCGUUGCCUCCCCCCUUUUCUUUAUUUGUUUUUGACAUGCUAUGUUUUGUUUUGUUGCCUCCUUUUUUUAUAUGAUAAAUUAGUGAACUGAUAGUGUGUGGACUAGUUACCAACUAUUUUACCAAAAAGCCCCAGCAAAUGAACUGAGUAGUUGACUUUUUUACCAUCUGAUAUAUUUACUGUAAGUAAAGGUUGAUGGGAGAUCUCUUUCAUAUCCUUUAACUCACUGUAUAUUUCAGACUUCAAAUGAAUUCCUUUUAGAUUUAUUUGAAUUGGAACUUUUAGCAAGCCUUUGUCACCCAUAUAGUUUUUGUACUGUUAAACUAUAUUACUCCAAUAAAGUAAUUUCUAUUGUCA